ACUUCUUUAAUUAAUUUCAAAAACAAACAUUUUCAAAUUUCACUUCAAUGUGAAAUUUCAUCUUAUUUCGUAAAUGAACAAAUAGUCCACGUCAUUCACUUAAGUCUUCUAAGACUAGCGAACUCUGUGACAAUAUUGGAAAUGGAAGAAUUACUACAAAAUGAUGCACAACGAAAAACUACAAACAAUUAUCUUGGAAAGAUUCUAAUAGGAACAUCCGCAGCAAUUGCAGUAGGAAUUUCUGUCGUUUGCUUUCCUUUUGUGUCACCGGCGCUAAGAAAGUUCACAUUACCUUUCAUACCAGCGACAGAUAAUCAAUUGAGAAACAUAUUAAAAGUUUUACCGAAACAUCCAAGCAAAGGGAUUAAAGUUUUGGAUAUAGGAAGUGGUGAUGGUAGGAUUGUUAUUGAAGCAGCAAAACGAGGAUUUGAAGCUCAUGGAGUUGAAUUAAACUAUUGGCUGGGAUUAUAUUCUCGUAUCGCUGCCUUACGUGGAGGAGUCUCCAAAACAGCAAAAUUCUAUAGAAAGGAUUUAUGGAAAUUUCCGCUUUCAAGUUAUAAUUAUUGUGUGAUCUUUGGUGUUGAAGAAAUGAUGGAGAAAUUAGAAGAAAAGUUCCAAAACGAACUAAAAGAUGGAUCAACAAUUAUUGCCUGUCGUUUUCCUCUUAAAAAUUGGAAGCCUACAAAAGUUCUAUCUGAUGGUGACACAGACACUGUAUGGGUAUACAAUAAAUCUGUUUAAAAAUUAUUUGUGAAUUUAGUCAAUACUUAAAUAAAAGAACGAAAAUUUAACGGCUGCUGAA